AUGCCGCCGCGCAGGGAUGGCGAGUGGGCUUACAUCGAGGGCAGAGUGGACGCCGCCGGGCAGAUGCACCCCGCCGCAGUGAAGAGGAUGACGGCGCAACUGGCCGCCCUGACGAAGAAGGCGAAGAGGAAACUGCACGUCGUCGUCUGCGAGGCGAGGGAGACGAGGGCGCUCAUCGAAGCCAAUCUGGACGCGAUCAGGGCGCAUCAGAGGCGACCCUACCUGGUGGCGACGGUGAUGGAGGUAACGACGGAGGCCGGGCGGGCGUGGCGGGCUGGCUCUCGGGACGCCGGCUACGAGCCGAUCCGGAGCGUCGUGAUCAGGACCUCGAACCGCUACACCCUGUUCCUGCCUCUGCCCGGCCUGGUCGCCGCCGAGGACCUGAAGCCCGGCGACCUGGUGGCGGUGCUGAAGGACACGUUCAUCAUCAUCGAGACCCUGCCGAAGCCCCACGACCCGAGGGUCACCCGCAUGGAGGUGACGGAGCGGCCGGCGCAGACGUUCUCCGACAUCGGAGGUCUGAAGAAGCAGAUCGAGGAGCUGAAGGAGGCGGUCAUUCUACCCCUCAAGCAGCGGAGGCGCUUUGAGAAGAUCGGUAUCAGCCCCACCAAGGGCGUGUUGCUGCAUGGUUCCCCGGGGACAGGAAAGACCAUGAUGGCUCGCGCGUGCGCAGGCGAGACCAGCAGCACCUUCAUCCGGCUGGCGGGCCCUCAGCUGGUGGAGAUCUUCCUCGGCGACGGAGCCAAGAUGGUCCACGACGCCUUCGCUCUGGCCAAGGAAAAGGCUCCCUCUAUCAUUUUCAUAGACGAGAUUGAUGCUAUCGGGUCGAAGCGGUUUUCCAGUGACAAGUCGGGAGACCGCGAGGUGCAGAGGACGAUGCUGGCUCUGCUCACCGAAAUGGACGGCUUCGCGACCAGCGACACAGUGACGGUCCUGGCGGCCACCAACCGUGCCGACGUGCUGGACCCCGCGCUGCUUCGUUCCGGGAGAUUCGACAAAAAGAUCGAGGUGCCUCUGCCCUGCGAGGAGGAGCGCUGCGAGAUCCUUAAGGUCCACAGUCGCAAGAUGAACUGCCGGGACGUCGACCUUCGGGAAAUCGCACGGACGGCCGCCGAUUUCAGCGGGGCGCAGUGCCGGGCCGUGUGCGUGGAGGCGGGCAUGAUAGCCUUACGUCGCAACUCACCGACGGCCACCCACGAGGACUUCCUGGCCGGCGUCGGGGAGGUGAGCGCUCGCAAGAAGAUCGUGUUGAGUUACGUUAGUUGA